UCCCUCCGGUCGGAUUUAAUCGACGCGCCGGAAAAUUUACAAAAAACCCCUUACCUUGUUCUGCUCCCUACCCGCCCGUCCACAUCCUCACGAGACAUGUCCCCAGGCCCCGACCCCCAAACCUAGCGCUCCCCUGGCACUCUCGACCGCGUCCCCGCCGCCGGCACUGCAUCGCCGUCGCCGCCGCUCCCCUUCUCCUCCUCCUUGCUGCCUUCUUCCCACCCGUAGCCGAUGCACCCAGUCCCCGUUCCCUUCUCCUCCUCGCCUCCUUUUCAUGCUGCAUCUCAGUCUCCACUUCUCAGAUGGAUCCUGCAAAAAGAUUCGAUUUUUUUGACGGAUCCGGUGGCGGAGAUCGGAGCGGAGAUCGGAGAUCCGGUGGCGGAGAUCGGAGAUCCGUGCGCCGCCUGCUGGACGACGCCGAGGCGUUCGGCUCCACCGCGGCGCUCGUCGCCGCGCAGACGGAGGCCGGGGAGUCCGCGCUCUACGUCGCGGCGGAGGCCGGCGCGCUCGAGGUCGUCCGCCUCCUCCUCCCGCUCGCGUGCUCGCGCCGCCGCCGGCGACGCGACCGCUCCGCCUCCCCGCCACCAGCCACGGCCGAUGCGAACGUCGCCGGUCCGGAGUACGACCUGAGCGAGCCGACCAUGGCGGAGAAGCUCGCGGCUCUGAACCUGCCCACCGACGACGUGGACGGCGCCGCUGAUGAGGAGGACCAGGCGGCGGCAGCAGCCACGGUGGUGCCGCCCAGCGCGGACUCGGUCCACGUCCUGCUCAGGCAGGCUCUGAGGGCCGACGACCGCGCCGCGCUGCUCGGCUGCCUCUGCAACAGGGACGACAAGGAUUGACUUCAAGGAUAAAUAGAAGCCGGUGGCUUCUGAGGGCCAUCUUGAUCUGAACAAAGUGCCCAGCAUCACUUGCACAGGCAUACAAACUGGAACAUACCAAGGACUGCUCAGGGUUCCUAGCUCUUCGUAUCAUAACAAUUGCACAACCGCUUACUCCUUAUGAAUCAGUGGUUGAUGGUUCUGCUGGAUCUCGCAGAACACGUAUGACAUACUCGUCAACAAGUGAUUGCCGUUAAUGAAGAUCACGGUGAAUCGUCACGCGAAGGACGACGCCGAGAUGAUGAUGCACUGGGACAACAUCGGCCUCCAUGCUGGCACAACUGACGUGGCAAUGGAAGAUUCGUACCUGAUGCUGGAGUUGCCGGAGGUUGGAGACGACGGACCCGGAGUAGGUAGCGGGCAAGCUGGCAUGGUGGCACAUCCGACACCUUGGCGGCGGGAAGCGGGAGCUUCGGCACCUUGGCGGCGGGAAGCAGCGGCUCUGGCAACUCCAACAGCGACAGCUCCGGUACCUUGGUGGCCGGAAGAGGUAGCUCCGGCACCUUGGCGGCGGGAAGCGGGAGCUUCGGCACCUUGGCUGCGGGAAGCGGCGGCUCCAGCAACUCCAACAACGACAGCUCCAGUACCUUUGUGGCCGGAAGAGGCAGCUCCAGCACCUUGGCAGCGGGAAUCGGCGGCUCCGGCAACUCCGGCUCCGGCUCCGGCUCCGGCAACAGCGCCGCCGGCAGUUCCGGCAACCUGGCGGCCAGAAGCGGCAGCUCCGGCAACUUGGUCGGCAACUCCAGCAGCGCGCGCAGGCAGGUGGCGAAUCACUGGCGCUGCUCGAUCGAUCGAUCCAGCCGACCAGUGCUGGGAUCGAUCCAUCCAGUGGAGCGCUGCUCGAUCGAUCGAUCCAGCCGACCAGUGCUGGGAUCGAUCCAUCCAGUGGAGCGGGCGGAGCUAAGGCGGAAUAGAUCUCGUGGACUGGAUCGAUGGGAUUAGGGGGUGCGUUGAUAGAUUUUGAAAUACUUAGGAUGAAAAUGUAAAAUUUAACUUCUGAAACGUUUUUCUC